AUGGCUAGGGGUAGAAUAAAUACUAAGAAAAACAUUCAAGGUAAGCGCUUGAUAGACAGGGUUGUUCCCAUGGACAAAAUUACAAAAGUUGAUGUACCGAAAAAAACACCCGUAAAGCAUACUAAAGAAGGAUUUAGCGUUGUCAAUGGUAAACUGGUGAGCAGUAAUGACAUCGGUGUACUAUUGAGAGAAGCACAAGGUGCUAUCGAUAAAAGAAAUAACGUUUCUCAAAGAAAUGGAAGAAAGGGAAUAAAGAACAAUAGGCCUCAAAAAGGCUUAAACACUAAUCCUGCCUGGGGUAAUAAUCACAGAAGAUCCGAUUGGCAGCCCCCUAAAAACAAUCGAGGCCAGAAGGCAAACGGCAUGAGUAAUGUUAACAACUCGCGGGAUUUCACCACCUCUAAUGUUAAAUUGCAGCGACAACAAUUUGGCGAAGAAAUGCAAAGUGGCAGCCAGCUUGUUAUAUCUACGAAUUCAGAUGCCUCAAAUAAACUGUUGAUGCUAUUCAAUUUGACCUUGGGAGUAGACCAAGAAAACUUGAAAAAUGUUCUGGAAAACAUUUCGCAGGUGCAGAUAGCUCAAAUUAGAGUGAGAGAUUUACCGUCAGGAUCUGCCACUGCUAAAGUCCGUCUAACAUAUCCUACAACGCAAUCUUUAGAAAAAGUUAGAAAACUGUUUCAUGGGGCCCUAGUAGAUGGAAGACGCAUCCAGGUGGUGAUCGCAUCCGAUGAAUCGUCGCACCUGUUGUAUUAG